UAGUUUAUAGACUUAUAGACUAACUCGAUUAAGGAUUUAGAUCUAGAUAUUUUAUUAUAUUAGAUUUAAAUUGACAUCUAGAAUCUAGUUUACAAUCUAGACUAUAUGGUUAAUGCUUGAUUCUAAGCCUUAGACCAAAAUUAUCGUUUAGACCUACAUUCUAGAUUUAGAUCUAAAUUAAUCUAAAAUAGAUAUGAAUUCUUAUAAGGCUUGUCUAGAAAACAAGAACUAAAGAACACAUGGCGCCUUCAGUAAUAAGAUUUGUUUAUGAACUUCAUUGUGAAGAAGAGAAGACACUCUGUUAAGCUGACAAACUCAUUUCACGACAGAAAAUACACUUCUUCAGCUCUCCUUUAUUGUGUUGUAAAGCUACUACUUGACUAGUCCAGUAUGACGACUCAUGUAGAUUGCACUGUCACUCACUCAGGAAUUGGAAACAGUUUUCAACAUGUUGACUUUGAAUUGGUGAAUGAUCAUGAAGACAAAGAAGCAGCAGAAAUGACAAACAUGUGUCCAAGGUUGAGGCACUGUAUACAGCAUUGUAUUCAACCUGUUUUGGUCGAGUCUCACCCUCUUACAGCAGAUGCGCCAUGGUACCAGAGGUUCCUUAAUAACUUUUUCUGUCCACCACAUUCACGAAUGGGCGGUAUCAUCUUCAUGAUUGUCCUAACAAGCUGCAUUUGGGUCACCUUAUUUUCAGUUACAGGGGAAGAAGCUCUACCUGGAGGAAAUUUGUUUGCCCUGCUAGCCUUGUUUGUUUUGUGCUGGAGUGGUGGAUAUAUAGCAAGGCUAACGCGACUGCCUUCAUUGUUAGAUAAUAAUGGUAUGAACGCUUGGCUUCCCAACUCAGGCGUCUUGAGUUUGAAUCACGUUGAAGAUUGGGAUUAUUAUGAGAUUGGAGGAUUUUUAGGACGUCAGUCACAACUUCUCGAUCUACGAGUCAGAACCUUACGACAGAGCUCAACAAGACAGAUCGCUUUAACAGUUAUUCUAACAAGAGCAGGUCUUGGUCUUGAUCCUAAAGCAUUGAGACGCCUUUCUUUUGUUGUUUUGAGACUUGCUUUUCUCCCUUGUUUGACCGAAACAAUUAUAGAUGGCAUUGCUAGUCAUCUGAUUUUAGGCUUUCCAUGGCAGUGGGCAUUUAUGCUUGGAUUUGUAAUCGCUGCAGUGUCCCCCGCUGUUGUAGUCCCUUCACUCAUAAGCUUAGGUGAGAGACGCUAUGGUAUAGACAAAGGCAUACCUACAUUGGUUAUUGCUGCGGCAAGCCUGGAUGACAUUUUAGCUAUUACAGGUUUCGGAGUCCUUUUGGGAAUAACAUUUUCAACAGGAGAUAUUGCCUGGACCCUUUCUAAAGGUCCUCUUGAAGUUGUUUUAGGUACAGUUUAUGGUAUUAUUGGAGGAAUCAUUCUUUGGUACAUUCCACAGAAAUCUAGUAGACAUUUGCUUUUCUUUCGCACAUUGCUUUUAAUGACACUGGGACUAAUGGCAAUAUUUACUAGUAUCAAGUUUCAUUGGGCAGGUGCUGGCCCUCUGGCUGUUCUUACUGUGUCAUUUAUAGCUGCUGUUAGAUGGCGUUCAGAAUUUCCAGAGAAUGAAAAGAAUCCUGUAGAGAAUGUGAUUGGUGUAGUAUGGAUGAUAUUUCAGCCAUUUCUAUUUGGUCUCAUUGGUUCAGAAGUGGAUGUUUUCAAGUUAGACCUUGAUGUCAUUGGACUAGGCAUUGCAGUUUUAGCUAUUGGUCUGUUUGCAAGAGUUUGUGUUUCUUUUUUGUCAGUAUUUUUCACCAAUCUCACGUAUAAAGAGAGAUCUUUUGUGGCAGCGGCUUGGCUACCAAAAGCGACAGUUCAGGCUGCUUUUGGAACUGUCGCAUAUGAUUUGGCCCGAAAAAAUAAUGAUAUUAAUUCUGAAAUACUUGGCAAACAGGUAUUGAAUUUGGCAGUUUUGUCCAUUUUGAUUACCGCACCUUUAGGCUCGUUACUAAUUUCGUUGUUGGGCCCGCUGCUCUUAACAUUUUCUCCAUUUCCUGUACUGGAAAUUGCAUCUCCAAUCCGAGAGAAAGAAGAGGAAACAGAAGACGUGGAAUGAAUUUUAUUGAGAAAUCUUUUUUGUUUUUUUUUGAGAAUGUUGCUUCUCUAUAAAUUGUGAAUGUAUAAAAGAAGUAUUAGAUUCAUGAGAAAUCA